AUGAAUUUCCAAGUAUGUGGAGAAUAUGUUUCCGAACAGUUCUCAGAUAUUGGCGCUCAUUUCCCGCCGUGCGUGUCAUCUCAAAGUGUCGAGGGAAUCAGUUUAUGUCCUGCAAACCAAAUAACCCUUGCUUUUAUGGAUAUAAAACACCUUACUGGUGAAGAUAAGCUCAAACUCAGUCGUACAUACUUCUUUGCCGGAAUCGGAUUUCUUCCUUUCCUCUGGUGGAUUAACGUUUUCUGUUUUCUAAAAGAGUUGUCUGCCCCACAGGCAUAUCCAGAAUAUAAACUGAUUAGGAAAUGUACCGAAAUAUUUUAUUAA